AUGACCUAUGACCCACCCACAGCAAACGAGAGGAAGACCAUGGCACUAGAGUUGGCAAAGCCGAAGGCCAAAGAAGGGCCAGAUGACCUCGAGCCUGUCAGGCCCAGCCACUGGGCAGCCACCGCCAAACUGGAGAUCAGCAUUGGGACUUCGUGGGAGUCGUGGUUAAGGACAGCCUGUACAGAAGACUAGAAUUUCCCUGAGGUGUGUUCAAGCAUUCGUGUCAGAAGACAAGGUCCUUCUUCUGGUGUACAGGAACACUGGAUGUGGUAUCUAUACCCCGGACUUGGAUGGUGGCCAGUGGGUGGAGUCGAAAGAGUUGCUAGUCGUUGUGAAGUUGGCUCCUGGCAAAGGGCGUGCUUAAGGCCAGUGACUCCUCACUAGCUUGCGCACGAUACACAAAGCAGUCAUGGACGGGAAGCAGGAAUCCUAAGUUGCAAGCCGGAAAAGGAAAACCAAAACAAAAUGAGAACUCUAAGAUCAGUCUUUUUUUCUAACACAGAAAUGUGUAUGAUAAGGAGGAAAAAUGAUAUUUCUCCAGGAGAUGUAAAUGGAGAUUUUUUUUUAAAAUAUAUUUAUUGAUAAGGGACAUUAACAGAGGAAAAUGAUAUUUCUCCAGGAGAUUUUUUUUAAAAAUAUAUUUAUUGAUAAUCACAUUAAAUAAUUACAUUUACAAUACUACAAAAACAAACACUUUAACAAUAGACAUUAACAGAGUAAAGCAAAAUUAAUUGGAGAUUUUUGGGGGAGAUUUUUGGUAGCUAGAGGUUGUCGGCCACUAAUAUCAAUUGUCACCCGCAGUGGGUAACAAAGUCCAGUACAUGUAUGUACUGUUACCCAGUGAUUUUACUGUGUUUGUACAGUGCUAUCAUUGUCAGUGUUCAGGUCACAUGCUAGAUUUAUGGUGUUAUAUUUUCCUUAAUGGCUUAAUAUAAUUUACCUGAUGGCCCUUCUCAUGGCUACACGGCAGCCUUGCACAAAGGUCACAAUUCCAAUGACCAUGAGGAAAUUACA